UUCCUUCACUAUUUUUGACAUUGACGUAUGAAAAACUUCAAGUGCAAAUGUUUUUAUUUAUUUACGUGUCAAGCUCACACAAACUAUGGAUAAUUAUCAAGAAGUGUACAAAUCUAUUUGUCGUGUGUGUUUAUCGCAUUCAUCAUAUCAAAAUAUGGUGUCUUUAUUUGAUACUUCGACCAAUGACAAAUUAAGUUGUUACGGAAAGUAUGUGGUUACUUUCGCUAACAUUAAACUGCAAAUUGACCAUAAUUUACCCGCUAUGAUGUGUAAAAACUGUUUAUCAUUAUUAAAGCAAGCCAUUAUGUUCAAAUACAAGUGUGAAAAUAGCGAUUUGCAACUCCAAAACUUGAUGAGAAUCAAUAAUUCAGGUAAAGAUCAUAAAGAAUUGAUAUGUCAGUAUACCAUUUUCAAACACUAUUUUCCUGAAGAAUGUGUGCCUACCAGAAGUAUCAAUAAGUCUAAUGGAGGAACAACAUAUAAUAGUGACAAGAAAACGAAUGCAAUUGUUCUAAAUCAAACUGAAAGUGAAUCAAAACCUUUGCCUCAAGCGAAUGAAGAUUCCGACUCAACUGGGGUCAAGGUAGCCUCAAUGAUGUUCCAGUUACACAUAAUACAGACCCAGAGACCAAAUUUGACGAAACCCAUUCUGAUUCAGACGAUGCACUACUUAAUAAAUUAGAAAAAUCAUAAGUGCUGACAUGCAUAACAUAAACACUACAGUUUACAACUACAGAUACAAGAAAUUGACAAAACGAAACACGAGACGCAUGAAAAGAGACUUUAAAUGCAGUCUAUGUAAUCUACAAUUAUCAAAUCGACUGAGAUAUGACCGUCACAUGCAACGGCACAAUGGCUGCGAUUUAUGUCGCGAAGGAUGUGCUAAAGCGUUUCCUACAAAAUGCGAGUUGAAUGUACACCAAGUAGCAACCCACGGCAUCGGUCCGUACCUACAAUGCAAUCACUGCUCAUUCAAAGCUGCAAGGAAAAUAACUUUGAUCGAACACAUACGUCUCCAUACGGGUGAACGGCCAUACACUUGUGAGAAAUGCGGUCUAACGUUCCGUAGAAAAGCUUUAUACCGUAACCAUCUUGUAUACCACAGCGAGAAGACAUUCCAAUGCUCCCAUUGUCCAAAGAAAUUCUACCGUCACUGCGCUAUGUUGGCUCAUAUGAAUAAUAUACAUGAGAGGAAGUAUCUUUAUAUGUGUAAUAAAUGUGGCAUAACAUACACAAAAAAUAUGACAGUUAGACGGCAUUUGACUGAGAAACACGGUAUACCUAGAGAAAUGCAGGGAAAAAUUCCUAAAGUUAGGAAAGGGUCAGGUUUGGAUUUGCCAGUGAAAUAGUUUGGAAUUAAGGCUUUAAGAAAAGAUAUUAAAGGCUCAAAUUAGGUACACUAGAUUAACUUCAUUUAUCAUUGAAAUAUAAACUUUAUUUCAUGAUACAUAGGCACCAAUACCACAAAUAAAAACAAUGCUCUUAUGUUGUUUGAAUAUUAUUGUCAAAAUGUUUGUAUAUAUAUUUUAUAAAUGAAUUAUCCAAAUUUGUUAGAAUAUAUGUCUGUUUUUUCAAUAGUUAUGGCCACUAUAGUUUAUGAAUGACACAUAAUAAUAAUUUGUAAAAUGGAGUUGAUUUUAAGGUUUCUAGUACAGAAGUUAAGAACCAAUAAAUAUCUCACUAUUA